AUGCCGCCUCUUCUCCUGGCUCUCCGGUUGGCUGCUUGGUUGGCCCCGGGGGCGCGCGUGCGCGAUGGUAACUGCGCCUCGCAGGCGCACGCCGACACCUGGGAGGGCAAGGAUGACGAUUGGAAUGGCGAGGAAUCUUGGGAGACCAAGGACAAGUGGCGAAAGGAUGGCGAGUGGAACAGCGGCGACUGGGACAAGGGUGGCGACUGGGACAAAGGCAGCGACUGGGACAAGGGUGGCGACUGGGACAAGGGUGGCGACUGGGACAAGAGCGGCAAGGAAAAGAGGCAAGACCGAGAGGGCAAAAGGAAAGGAGGCAAAGGAAAAGGCGGGAAGAAAGGUCGAGACAGGAAACGAAAGCCCGAAGAGGAGGUCAUCGAUGGCAAGACUGGGGCUAACACAAUCGAGGUGAACUGGAAGCCUCCAGGAGCUGCUGAGAAAGAGACGGAGGGUAACGGCAAGGAGGACGGCGGCUACGACUCUGAGGACGCUGCUUGGAACGGAAGCGCUGCGAAGGAUGGUGGACGCAAAGAGCCCAAGGAGAAGUCCCCGUCCCCGGUGGCGCGGGUGCCCUCUGGCCGGGGCCGGGGCCUCACGCUGCCGUCCUGGAUGACGAAGGGCGUCACGGAGACGGCCCCGGCCCUCCCAGACAUCAGCGUACCGCCCCCCGAGAAGGAGGCGGAGAAAGAGGAGGAGAAAGGCCCUCACAUCCUGGAUUCGAUCUUCGAGGAGAGGGACUCCACGGCUUGCGAGGGCGUGCGAGUGCGGAUGCCCCAGGGCAACAGCAAAAGGAAGAGGAGCCGCUCCCGCGACGGCGGCGGCCACGGCAGAAGAAAGGGAGGGAAGGGCAAAGGCCACCGGUGA